CCCUUCUCCCACCGAGGGUUUAGUAAAGCGUCACGUUGCUCUGCAGCAGUCUCUCCACUCGGCUCGACAUCCUCCACACUUCUACCCUUGAAGCUCUCACGUCGUCCCACAGCCGCCAUGACUCACCAGUUUCCCGCUCUGAGUCCCGAGCAGAAGAAGGAGCUGCAGGACAUUGCCGAGAGGAUCGUGGCCCCUGGGAAGGGCAUCCUCGCCGCCGAUGAGUCCACCGGCAGCAUGGCCAAACGCUUCACGCCCAUCGGCGUGGAGAACACAGAGGAGAACCGACGCCGCUACCGCCAGCUCCUCUUCACGGCCGACGCGCGCAUCGACAGCUGCAUCGGCGGCGUCAUCUUCUUCCACGAGACGCUCUACCAGACCACAGACGACGGCACUCCCUUCUCCAAGCUCAUCAAGGACCGCGGCAUUGUCGUCGGCAUCAAGGUGGACAAAGGCGUAGUGCCCCUCGCCGGAACCAACGGGGAGACCACCACUCAAGGUCUGGACGGGCUGUCCGAGCGCUGCGCCCAGUACAAGAAGGAUGGCGCCGACUUCGCCAAGUGGCGCUGCGUCCUGAAGAUCAGCGACACCACUCCGUCAGAGCUGGCCAUCUUUGAGAAUGCUAACGUCCUAGCACGCUAUGCUAGCAUCUGCCAGCAGAAUGGCAUCGUACCCAUUGUGGAGCCGGAGAUCCUCCCCGACGGAGACCAUGACCUCAAACGCUGCCAGUACGUCACUGAGAAGGUUCUAGCUGCCGUGUACAAGGCUCUGUCAGACCACCACGUCUACCUGGAGGGGACGCUGCUGAAGCCCAACAUGGUCACCGCCGGACACUCCUGCCCCAACAAGUACAGUGGCCAGGAAAUCGCCAUGGCUACAGUCACCGCCCUGCGUCGCACUGUGCCUCCCGCGGUCACAGGAGUGACCUUCCUGUCAGGCGGCCAGUCUGAAGAAGAGGCCAGUGUCAACCUCAACGCCAUCAACAACUGCCCGCUCGCCAAGCCCUGGGCGCUCACCUUCUCCUACGGCCGCGCCCUGCAGGCCUCCGCCCUGCAGGCGUGGAGAGGAGACCUCAGCAACGAGAAGGCCGCUACUGAGGAAUUCAUAAAGCGCGCAGAGGCAAACGGCAUGGCCGCCCUCGGCAAGUACGAGUCCUCCGGCACAUGCGGCGCUGCGGGACAAUCCCUCUACGUGGCCAACCACGCCUAUUAAAGACGCACACGUGACCGCGGCCUAGUUAGACUUACUGUAUAUCUGCUCUGCUAUUAACCCCCCCACCGCUCCGACAUGCAUCACUGGCCCGCAUUGUCUACUGAUCUUAAAAGUGUUAUUAUGAUUAUUAAAAUGACUGCGUUAGAUAUCAAAUUGUCAAACUAUUUCAAACGGAGCUGCUGUAUUUUUUCCUCAUCUGAUCGAACAACUUCAAAACUGGUUUGACUGCCGUGUAUGUGGAGCGGCUUCGUGUAUGUGGAGUGGCGUCAGCACCUGAGGCAUCUCCAUUCGCUCUCAUCUUGGUCAGCAUGUUUGUUUGUGUUUUGCUGAACUCGUUUGUGCUUUAAAAGGCUACAAUCCUCCCAGUGGGACCAACAAGGCAUCAAAAAGACAUUUCCAGUUGAAGUUGUUUGUCUAAAAACACGAGAGUGCUAAUUGUACGUCCAAAAAAGAAGGGACCCCAAGACACCCAGGGACUCAACCCCCCCGCAACCAUUCCUUACUCUCACCAAGCACUUGUGUGUCCAAUUUUGAGUGUACCGUUAGCUUUACAUCGCACAGCUAAGUGUAUGCGGUUGUCUGAAGCUGUCGAUGUUGUGUGUCAUUCCCCCCCCCCCCGCAUCCUCGCGCCGGCCCACCACAGUCAGAGCGAAACCAAGAUGAGUGAAGUGACGCUCCCGGACCAACGUGUGGGCCGUGUCGUCAGGAAACACUCCAACUGCUGUAUUGGAAAAAUGUGAUGUUUGUGGUGUUUAAUAUUGUUCUUGAAGCACUCUGUCAAAUAGUGAAAAUAAAUAAACUAUAUUAAACUAUAAACACA